ACACGCGCGCGCAUGCACGCACGCACGCACGAACGCACGAAUACACGGGAGAUGACCGGCAAAAUGAUACAGAAUCUGCUGUACACUCUGGCGAUCGUCGGUGUCGUCCGUCAUAGUCAAUGCGAACUGUUCGCGCCGUUCGAGGAGACCGACGACGAGUACCUCAACGAGUAUCUGUUCUUCGACGAGAGCAAGUACCUCGCCGAAUUGCAGGAAUUCGACGAGGCGACCGUUCGGAUCGACCUGAUCAAUCGCAACAGGAAGCACCGAUUGAUGCAUGAGGAGCCUAGAGUGCUGUAUCAAAUCGGGGAUAGCGAAAAGGAAUUGCCGGAGUGCGUGGACCAAAGCGAGGUGUGUAGCAAGGUGGAUUUAUAUGGUGCACCGUGGGUCGAGAGACAAUGUCGUUGUCCGGACGGUCGUACUUGUCCCAGCAGUCUUCAUAGGGACGACGGACACACGAUCGUCGAUAAAAUGCGGCGGUACAAGCUCUGCGAACCUGUGAAACGACUUCCUAUCUGUCGUUACUUCAAAGAUAUUACAUGGACACUCGCACCCGGAGGUGGCCCGAGAAACGCGACGGUGCAACGAGUUCACUGCCGAUGUCGGCCAGGUAGCGUGCCGUAUCUAGUACGAAGACAGCCUCACAAAUCAUCGGAUGGAAAUCAAGGUUUCAUUUACUCCUUCGCCUGCUCUCCGCAAAGCAGACUACGAUGCCAACACAAGGAGCCUUGUCGUCUGUUCACCGUACGCAAAAGACGAAACUCGCAGCUCGAAGAAGUGAACGCCUCGCCUCUCUGUCAGUGUCCCGGAGGACACCGAUGCCCCAGACGACACACGGAUCCCGGCUCCUUACCAGCGAGAUCUUACGCCGGCGUUCUAGAGAUUAAAACUUACAGCGGUUACUGCAUACCCUCCCAUCGUUUCGACGAGAUAACUUACGACAUGUAAGACCGUGUGUUAGAAUCGCCACCUCCACCCGGUCUCAUUCGAUGAAGAAAUCAUCAGCGAUCCAGGAUAUUUGCCACCAAUGUUAGCUUUAACGGAUGAUUACUUUUAUUCGUGGAUGUGCGGAUACCUGAAACCGACCACUCGACAAAUCUCGACUCGGUAUGAUUCGACUCGAUCUGAUUCCGCUCUGAAUUCCGAAAGGUUCUCAACGCACAGGCGUGUUUGGGCUAUCGAGGUGUUAGUUCAGUAACAAAUUCUGCGAUCCGACCGUAGAUCGACUCGAAUUACCGAGCUUUCAAACGUUUUCUCAUUUUGUGCAUUAUAUCAUUUUGAAAGACGACUCGGUUUCAUCCGACCCAAACGAGAAUACUUGAAGCUGAUAUUUAUAGUCAGAUCAUAUAUCUCUUAUCGAUCUUAUAGAUUUUAUAUUUCAGAUUGUCUCAAGUUCAUCUUUAGAUGCCUCGUAGUCAUUACAAUGCAUCUUAAGACAAACUUAAGAUAAUCUAAGAGUCAACUAUGAAACCCUUAUAUAUUAUUGUACUAAACCGCGAACGGAAUUGAUCGGAAACCCCUAUUCUUAUCUCACGUGUGUAUAUUCCUUAAGCGAUCGACAUUUUACUAUUUUGCAUCUUAUACGCAUAACUGAUCCAAUUUACGAAGGCGAAUUAUUUGCCCACUUUUUCUGACACCCCCCCCCCCCCAUCAGGUUAUCAAUUAUGAUGCAGGAUAUACUUUGUAAUCUUUGAGUACUUUUUCGGACAUCUUUUCAAGAGCGAUUUUCUUUCUUUCUUUCUUCUUUUCGCGAAUAAAAAACGAUAUAUAUUCGACAUUUAAUUUGUCUGUAUCAAAGUCUCGAGACGAGCGAACGAUAACAAAUCAGUCAAUAUCCUCGAUUCGUCGUGUAUCCGACCGUGCCAUGUACGAUCUCUCUGGUAAUGUUGGCGAAUCCGAGUGUAAAAAGUGUGUACAGAAGCAUGUAGAAAUAAGAGAAACAACUUGUGCUAUAAAAUGGAAUUUUUGUAUAAUAUACAUCACGUUCGACGUAAUCGUCUCGUAUCUUCGUGGUAUGAUUCACCUGUAGUGUCGUUCAUCUCGCACAGACUCUUUCUUCUUCUUGUGUUCUCUUCGUAGAAUCUUAUACGGGCGUGUUCCAUUUAUCGCUGUAUAAUCCUCGUAACUUUUGUGUAUAUAAUAAAUACAUCUGUCUCUUCUGAAAGUAUCAUCUUUUUGAAAGUAUCGUUCAGGGAAUACAUUGUAUAUGGUAGCGAGAUAUAGGAGGCGAUUUUCAAAGACUUUCUCGAUAUUACUUGAUUAAUUUGAUAUUACUUGCACUGAGAAAAAUAUUCGAAAUAUCCGAUUGUUAAUUUCGUUAUCCGAUCAAAUAUCCGGUGUAUUUGAUCGGAUAUUUGAUCGGAUAACAAAAUUAACAAUCGGAUAUUUCUGAUAUUUUUCUCCGUGUGUUAAUUUGAUUGCAAUUUAAUAAACUAUAUGACACGA